AUGACAGCAGCAAUGUCAACAAGUACUAUGAUAACACGAGCUGAAUCGCCUGCAGCUGUUCCGGCAACACCAGCUAAACCGCCUGCUGUAGCUGUUCCGUCGUUCCGGGAGCCCCAGCUCAACCGCCUGCAGUUGUUCCGGGAGCCCCAGCUCAACCACCUGCAGUUGUUCCGGGAGCCCCAGCUCAACCACCUGCAGUCGUUCCGGGAGCGCCAGCUCAACCGCCUGCAGUCGUUCCGGGAGCCCCAGCUCAACCGCCUGCAGUCGUUCCGGGAGCCCCAGCUCAACCGCCUGCAGUCGUUCCGGGAGCCCCAGCUCAACCGCCUGCAGUCGUUCCGGGAGCCCCAGCUCAACCGCCUGCAGUUGUUCCGGGAGCACCAGCUCAACCGCCUGCAGUUGUUCCGGGAGCACCAGCUCAAUCGCCUGCAGGCGUUCCGGGAGCACCAGCUCAAUCGCCUGCAGGCGUUCCGGGAGCGCCAGCUGGUUAAGCUGGUUAAGCAGGUGGUUAGCCUGCAAUCGUUCCGGGAGCACCAGCUCAACCGACUACAGUCGUUGCAGCAGUAUGAGCUGAAUUGCCUGCACCCGUUCCGGCAGCACCAAUUAAAUCGGAUGCAAAACUUUUUCGAAACAAUAGUUAAAUCGCCUAUAACUACUACAGUACCGCCAACGCCUUAA